UCUGUCCUGCUCUUUGAUGCGCCUGCCGUUAUUUUCAGAGGAGUAGCUUAUUGCUGAGCAACGGAGGAAGAGAAGGCCAGCGCUCCCAGGGCUGGGCUCCACACACACCUUCAGAAGCGACUCACAGCUUACAGAAAAGGGAUGGCCUAGCUUCGUUGUCCUGCUAGUGGUCAGUGAUCAGCUGUGGUCUUUCCCCUGGACCAGAGGUUUGCACAAGAGGAAGCGGGCAGGGUGCAGACAUGAGCGUGACCUCUUGGUUCCUGGUGAGCAGUGGGGGAACUCGUCAUCGACUCCCCCGGGAAAUGAUCUUCGUGGGAAGGGAUGACUGCGAGCUCAUGCUGCAGUCUCGUAGCGUCGACAAGCAGCAUGCAGUCAUCAACUAUGAGACGGGGACAGAUGAACACAAGGUGAAGGACUUGGGAAGCCUGAACGGGACCUUUGUAAACGAUGUCCGCAUUCAGGAGCAGAUGUAUAUCACUCUAAAGUUGGAGGACAAGCUGAGGUUUGGAUAUGAUACCAAUCUGUUCACUGUGGUGAGAGGAGAGCUCACCGUGCCUGAAGAGGCUCUAAAACAUGAAAAGUUCACCAGCGGCCUCCAGCUCAGCAAGAAGCCUUCCAACGGUGAAACCACUGCCAACACAACCACAAGCAAUUCUCCUUCAAAGACUGCAAUAAAAACGCCAAAGUCACCUAGCAGCAGCAACUCGAAGUCUCCAGAGAGCAGAGCAACAGAUGGGCUCGCCUCCUCCAGAGAACACUCAGCUAAACCAGUGGACUCUCACAAAGCAGAGGAGAGGAUAGGAGGGGACAUUACAGCUCUGCCCCGUGGGACGCCGCUGUACGGCCAGCCCUCAUGGUGGGGGGACGGAGACGCAGAUGAUGAGAAUUCCUUCAAACAGGAAACAAAGUCGUCCUCAUCCAAAAAACAUGACGGCUCCAUGUCAGAAAGUAAAGAAACCCGCAGAGGAGAGAGAGCUAAAGAGGACGGCCUUCAUGCAUCUCCUGCUCUGGAUUCCAGUUACUUUGAGGUCCCUACAAAGGAAGGUCACAUGGCAAAUAAUGGCAUCCAUGAAAUUCCCACUAAGGACACGGAGGAUGUGACUUCUCAAGGCCAAAGCGCAGCAGCUCAAGGUCACGCCUCCUUCACCAUAGAGUUUGACAGCACCUCUCCGGGGAAAGUCACCAUUAAAGACCAUGUGUCCAAGUUCACGUCGGACCACCAGAGAUCCCGCACCAAGAAGAGCGGAGGGGGGAGCAAAGACCUCACCACGCUGCAGGCCGCCAUGAUGGCUUCUGAAAGCAAAGUAGCUGAUUGGCUGGCUCAUAAUGACCCAACUCUGGUGCGCAGUGAAUCAACAGAGGAUGACGGCAAGAGCACCAAGAGCAUCAAGAGCGAUGUCCCGGUCCACCUUAAAAAGCUCAAAGUAGGGAGCAAACAUGAGGACGGCACCCAGAGUGACUCUGAGAACGGACUAGGCCUGCGUUUCGCCAACCGUAGACACGCCCUCGAGGAACGCCUUAAAACAGGACACAAUCUCGUGGGUGGAGGAGCAGCAGGGGCGACCACAACUGUCGGUGGGUCCAAAACAGCUGGGAGCCGAACGGCGUUCAUGAUCGAGUUCUACGAUGAGGAAAACCCUCGCAAGCGGCGGUCUUACUCGUUCUCCCAGACCGCUCCCCUACUUGGGGGCGGAGUAGGCGGGGAAGGACUGUGUCCUCAGCCUCCCUCUCACCCGAAGGUGUUUAGUAUUUCUACGUCUGCCGCCUCAGCUGCAGAUUCAGGUAAAGCUCCAGCUCCGAUACCAGCUACAGUGACUGCUGGUGCUCCGACUGCUGCCCGUGUGCUCCUUAAGCAAAGGUCAGAAGACCAAAGUAUCGGUCGGAGCUCGGCUAGUACUGGGCUGGCGACGGGCAGCCCAACAACCCCCAGCGAGGACACAUCAGUUCUCGGUAGAGGAGCAGGAACUGCGGGCGGAGAGGCAGAUGACGACCAUAGUGAUAAAGGGACCUACACUAUCGAGCUGGAGAACAAAAACCCAGAAGAAGAAGAGGCCAGGCGUAUGAUAGACAAGGUGUUCGGGGUUCAGGACAAUACGAGUGCCUCCCUUCUGUCUGACUUGAAAGGAAAGGAUUCAGGCGAAAUUGGGAAACAGGCUCUUGGUGACCCUAGCUGGGUUUCUCAGUGGGCCAGUUUAGCUGCUAAUCAAGCCAGGACAGACCCAGAAGGCUCUGGUGCAGAAGCAGCAACAUUCCUGCACAAAGAAAGAGGAGCUGAUGCCUUUGAGUCUACCGCCCCUCCCCUGGACAAAGGUGAACCCUCUUCCAGCCUGACUGACCGUAAGCGCAGGACCCUCCCCCAGCUCCCAGUGGAUGACCCCCGGGCUAAAUCCAGUCCCAAAGCACUGAGGUCUGAGAUAGGGGAGAAACAGGACACGGAACCCCAGGAAAAAGAGAACAAGGGAGACGGAGAGUCCCCAACCCCCAUGGAGGGUGUUGGAAUGACCAACAAGCUGAAACAAAGCUCCACCACUUCCUCUCCAUCUAAAGGUCCUAUCCGGACCAGCGAAAGGAGGAAGAAGUCAGAGGAGAGGAAUGAGAGAGAAGCAGGAGAAGGAGGAGAGAAAUCCGGGAAGCCUCUUGUCCGCCAGGGUAGCUUUACCAUAGAGAAGCCCAGUUCUAGUGUCCCUCCAGAGCUCAUCCCUCGGAUCAACAAAGGCAACAAUGGGCGUGAACACAGUGACUCUGUGGGCAGUAUGGAUACAGCAACUCUACUUAAAGACACAGAGGCUGUCAUGGCAUUUCUGGAGGCUAAGCUCAGAGAUGAGAACAAACUAGACCAAAAAAGUGGUAAAACUCCUCUAGGUACUGGCCAAUGCCUUCCUGCUCGGACUGGCUCUAUAUCUCCUGAGUCAGAUGUGGACACAACCAGCACAGCUAGUCACGCUGCUGCAGAAGCAGGGGGAAAGACUGCAACUGGCAGCAUGCAAAAGCGAAAGUCUUUUAGCAGCAUGCAUCGGGAAAAGAGCAACAUGAGCACAGCCUCUAAGACAACCUCUGGAAACUCUAGUGCUCGGGAACGCUUGGAGAGGAAGGCUAAAGGCAAAACGGCUGAAGCAACAACCCGGAAUGAGACACGUCGCUCCUCGCAGCCCACCUCUAGAGGGCGCCAGCCUUCUCUGGAUCUCACUGAUGAUGACCAGACCUCUUCCUUCCCCAUCUCAGACAUUCUUUCUUCAGACCAGGAAACCUAUUCUGGGCCUUUGGGGAACUCUGUGCAUAGACGAGGCUCAGAGGAUGUCCUCAAUUCCAAACUUGAUGGCAGAUCUUCCAAAACGAGCAUGAGCAGCGCCUCUAAAAGCAACCGAAAUCUUCAGGCAGCAACAGCCUCUUCACUAAAUAAACAGGCCUCUCUGCCUCAACCACGGCCCACCAGAGCCUCCCUACUCCGCCGGGCCCGUCUGGGUGACACGUCUGACACAGACCUGGCCGACGCAGACCGUGUUUCUGUAGCCUCAGAGGUGUCCACAACAAGCUCCACCUCGAAGCCACCAACCGGUCGGAAGGGGUUGUCACGGCUGGACAUGCUGGCUCAGCCGCGGAGGAACCGUCUGGGCUCCAUCUCAGCGCGCAGUGACUCAGAGUGCACAGUAAGCCGGCCCUCCGCCUCUUCGACCCGCCUGUCCGCCGAGACCGCUCUACGUCUCGGCCUGCGCUCCUCAACACCCACAGAAAACCGUCUGACGUCAAAGAUGAGAGCAAAUAGCGUAUCUAAACUCAACGAGCCAAAGGCCAAAACCACUACAUCUGGAUACUGUUCGCCCACAGAAUGCUCUCAGCCUGAACCUGCAGAUGAUGAUGCAGAGGAAGAGCUUAUGGUGUCCAGCAGCAGCCGGUGGAGGCGUCUGCCACCGGAGUACGGAUCCACCUCUGAAGAGGAGUUUGGUUCCGGCCGGAACUCUGCAAAGCAUGGAGUUCGCUCCCACGUCCGGCCCCAUCAUCUCGUCCAAAACCGCGGCUCAAAGCUCAGCUCCACCUCAAGCGCAGGACCACCAGGAGUGGGGCAGGGUCCCGGCGGCGUAGGCAUCAAACACCGCAUGAAAGAGCAAGAUGGUUACAUCAGGGACUGGACUGCUCACAGCGAAGAAAUAGCCAGGUUGUUCCCAUGUGUGCGCAGGAUCAGCCAGGACCUGGCUAAGGACCUGGCCAUCUUGGCCCGUGAGAUCCACGAUGUUGCCGGGGAGAUAGAUUCAGUCAGCUCCUCCGGCACCGCCCCGAGCACCACCGUCAGCACAGCUGCCACCACCCCGGGCUCGGCCAUCGACACCCGGGAAGAGGUAGGCCCUGCACGCCCCACGCAGCCGGACAUACAGGAGAGCAUGAAAAAGUUGGUGGAUCGAGUGUUCGAUGAAAGCCUCAAAUUCAGAAAGAUCCCUCCGGUUAUUUCGUCCAAUAAGCCACCAGAGAUCAAUGGAAAGCCUGUGGAGCACCAACCCAGAGCUCCGGACAGCCGGGAACCACGGGCCUUACGGAGGCGCACCUGGAACCGAGAGGAGGCGGUGUUGGACAGCCUCCUUAUUCACUCCGUGUCUCAGCUGUCGACCAAGAUCAGACACUCUGUGGACAGAACAGCAGGAAAGAUCAGGAUCUUGUUCAAAGAUAAGGACAGGAACUGGGAUGAGAUUGAGAGUCAACUGAAGUCAGAGAGUGAAGCUCCACUUCUGAAAACCUCCAAUAAGGAAAUCUCCUCGAUUUUUCUUGAACUAAAGCGAGUUGAGAAGCAGAUCCAAGUGAUUAACGUGAUGGUAGACCCGGACGGGACUUUAGACGCCUUGGCCAGCCUCAGCCUGAGCAGCCCGACCAAGUCCCAAACCUCCAAAACCACGCCUCCCUCCGCCAGCAGCCCAGCCAAAGACUCGCUGCCAGAGAUCCUUCCGGGGCCUGGAGCUUCAGCAGCCUCCACCAGGGUUCAGUCCUCCACCAGCAUGGAGGGCAGCACGAGAGAGAGCAUCGUAGGUCUGGGUCUAACAAGCGUUGGAGGGCUGCCAUUCAGUCGCAGGCGGCCGAGUGGAGAAGAGGCCAUUGCACAGAAAUGAAUAGAGCGGUUUAGAUAGGGAAUCAAUAAGACCCGGGCAUGUAGUAGAGCGUAGCUGGCUGACAGAGACACAGUCUUCUCUUUAUCCAUCGGUCACCAUUUUCCUGGCUACUUGUUGACUGAUUGAUCAUCUAAACACCCUCAUACAGAACCUGACCCAUGAUUAAUCAAAUAGCCUGACAAAAACCAUCUCCGCCUCCAGCUGCUUGGCCCAGUAACCCACCUGUCAUCCUUAAUGGAUGGACGGAUGGACGCUACCAGCGGACGGCCUCCUUCCCCCCUCAUUCCUUCCUCAUGUGUUUGGACCCUUCCUACACUAACGACAUGCCUUAAAACACCUCCUCCAUAGCAGCAUUACACCUUUUCCACCUCAGACGCCACACAUUUUUUAUGACUUGAUUUUUCAGACAAAUUGAAUGCAUUGCAAAAAAAAAAAAAAUCGUUUUAGUUGCAAACAAGGGUUGGAAUAUAGAAGUGUUGAGAUUAUGCCGGAAAUAAAGACCCAUUUUAACUCAAAGAAAAUGAUUUUAAUCGACUUAUAGCUGCUGACUUGCCUGUUUCACACCUCUCCCCCUUUUUGUCCUCUUUCUUCCGUACCUUAAAUUUAUAUCAACAUGGCGGCUUCAGCCAGCAGAGCAGCUUGGCUCAUUGCUCACCAAAGUGUAGCCAUUUUCACACUGUUGUGCCAUUUUUUUAAACCAAUAUAUUUUUAGAAAGUAAAAAAAAUUUAUGUUUUGCUUUGCUGGAUGUGAACAGCCAUAUUCUUUCCUAGUAUAGGUGAAUCUGCAUGCUUAUUUAUAAGUCGCCAUGAAAAGAGGAAGAAAAGAGUUUGAUUGCAGCAACUCACACAGAACAUUUUUUUUAAAUCAAACAAUUAUGAAGCAGCGAUAAAACCUGCUGUUUGUAAAUAACUGAUUUUUUUUCUAAUCACUGGUGCUAAAUAACUGGUUCCCCUAUCAGUUGAGAUAAAAAUGUGAUGUCAGUUUGCCCGUUUUAAUUCAUUAAACCUCGUCUGACACAAACAAACCUUAUUUUUGUAGCAAAACAAUCAGUUAUUGUUAAACCAGAGCAUACAUGAGGGGUAUGUUCCUUUCUAUUUUCUUUAUAGAGGGCCUUUUUAUUUAUUUAUGAACAGGAUUACGGGUCAACUGAAGAGAAAAUGUUCUGUGUGAGAUUAUAUUAGUGUAAAAGAUUCAUUUUUAUAAGGCUUUUUAAGGGUGCUAAUUGAUGUAGAAGGUGCUGUGUUUUUUUUUUCCCCCAAUUAGCUAUAUUUUCUAAUUUUCUCCUGUGGUAUCAUGGAACUUCUAUUUCACUGAGUCGCUGUUUAAACCCAUAGUUUUUUUUUGCCACUGUAAUCCAUAAAUCUUUAAUAAGGAGUCUCUAAGAUAACAUAAAUCACAAAUAUCCCUUUUCAUUUUUAAAAAUAGCUGCCGUCUUUUAUGAAUUCGCUUGCAAACCCUGAGGCUUCGUUCAGCGUCACCUAUGAAGGGUCACUCCAACUUACCUGGACUGUUUCAAACGGCUUGUUUUCCUUUUAUUCUCAACAACUCCGCUGCUUUUGGAGUUACUUUACAGAGACUCAGCAUUCUUCAGAACAUCUCCUCAGCUUGUAGUCUGUAUGUAGACUAGGUAAAAGAUUAAAACAGUGUAUUAGUGCUUAGAAACCUAAAACAAUAGUGAUUUUAGGUACCAGAAUACAUGUACUCUGUACUGUACUGUAUGCUGAUUUUAAAUGCCUGAAAGUGCCCGUUUGAAAGGACGGAGGGGCAUUGAUUAAUAAGAAAAAGGUGCAGUUCUUUAAAGGAUUUAUUUUGCACAUCUCAUAAAGCAUUAAACUGAGGAUAUCAGUCUGCCUGGUAUCAGAAGUGACUGCCUUGCUUGUCUGAACCUGUUUUGUUGCCAUUUCUUCCUUCUCCUGAUGCCCAUUGAAAACCUUAGGGGACUGUGAAUGCUAGGUACAUGUAGGUAUAUUUUGUAAAUGCUACACGUGUCGUUGAAUCAGUGUUCUUUGUAUUUUGUUUUUCUUACUUUGUAAAGGAAAAAUACUUUUAUUUAUUUUGUUUUAAUAUUAUGUGGAUGUUUUAAGCAUUUUAUAUUCGUUCAACUAUCUGCAUUCUUACUGUUAAUAAAAAAAAGAGCUAUUCACUUG